GACUGGUCUUUCGUGGGGGCGGGCGCUGUUGGGGGCGGAAGCAGCCGCAGGCAUGGCGGCGGCAGUGCGGCUCCCGGUGCUGGUGCUGCNGCUCCUGGGGCGGGGCGGCUGGGGCCAUGCAGAGCCCCCGCGCGACAGCCUGCGGGAGGAGCUCGUCAUCACCCCGCUGCCUUCUGGAGACGUAGCCGCCACAUUCCAGUUCCGCACGCGCUGGGAUUCGGAGCUGCAGCGCGAAGAAGUUUCUCAUUAUAGGCUCUUCCCCAAAGCCCUGGGGCAGUUGAUCGCCAAGUAUUCUCUCCGGGAGCUGCACCUGUCACUCACUCAAGGCUUUUGGAGGACUCGGUACUGGGGGCCACCCUUCCUGCAGGCCCCAUCAGGUGCCGAGCUCUGGGUCUGGUUCCAAGACACCGUCACGGAUGUAGAUACAUCUUGGAAGGAGCUCAGUAACGUCCUCUCAGGGAUCUUCUGCGCCUCUCUCAACUUCAUCGACUCCACCAACACGGUCACCCCCACUGCCUCCUUCAAACCCCUGGGGCUGGCCAAUGACACUGAUCACUAUUUCCUACGCUAUGCCGUGCUGCCACGGGAGGUUGUCUGCACCGAGAACCUCACCCCCUGGAAGAAGCUCUUGCCCUGUAGUUCCAAGGCAGGCCUCUCUAUGCUGCUGAAGGCUGAUCGCUUGUUCCACUCGAGCUACCACUCCCAGGCAGUGCACAUCCGCCCUAUUUGCAGAAAUGCUCGGUGUACCAGCAUCUCCUGGGAGCUGAGGCAGACUCUUUCCGUUGUAUUUGAUGCCUUCGUCACGGGGCAGGGGAAGAAAGACUGGUCCCUCUUCCGGAUGUUCUCCCGAACCCUCACAGAGCCCUGCCCCCUGGCUUCAGAGAGCCGAGUCUACGUGGACAUCACCAGCUACAGCCAGGACAAUGAGACAUUGGAGGUGAACCCGCCUCCCCUCACCACGUACCAGGAUGUCAUCCUGGGCACCCGGAAGACCUACGCUGUCUACGACUUGCUCAACACGGCUGUGAUCAACAGCUCCCGCAACCUCAACCUCCAGCUCAAGUGGAAGAGACCCCCGGAGAAUGAGGCCCCGCCAGUGCCCUUCCUGCACGCCCAGCGGUACGUGAGUGGCUAUGGGCUGCAGAGCGGGGAGCUGAGCACGCUGCUGUACAACACCCACCCGUACCGGGCCUUCCCCGUGCUGCUCCUGGACAUCGUGCCCUGGUACCUGCGGCUGUAUGUGCACACCCUUACCAUCACCUCCAAGGGCAAGGAGAACAAGCCAAGUUACAUCCACUACCAGCCUGCCCAGGACCGGCUGCAGCCCCACCUCCUGGAGAUGCUCAUUCAGCUGCCGGCCAGCUCAGUCACCAAGGUCUCCAUCCAGUUUGAGCGGGCGCUGCUCAAGUGGACGGAGUACACCCCGGACCCCAACCACGGCUUCUACGUCAGCCCGUCUGUCCUCAGUGCCCUCGUGCCCAGCGUGGUGGCAGCCAAACCCGUGGACUGGGAAGAGAGUCCCCUCUUCAGCAGCCUGUUCCCAGUCUCCGACAGUUCUAGCUACUUCAUGCGGCUCUACACGGAGCCGCUGCUGGUGAGCCUGCCAACGCCGGACUUCAGCAUGCCCUACAACGUCAUCUGCCUCACGUGCACGGUGGUGGCCGUGUGCUACGGCUCCUUCUACAACCUCCUCACCCGGACCUUCCACAUCGAGGAGCCCAGAACGGGCGGCCUGGCCAAGAGGCUGGCUAACCUUAUCCGGCGUGCCCGCGGCGUGCCCCCGCUCUGAGACCCUGAGCCCUGACCCUUCAUGGCCCGGCUGCUCUUUCUCUCUGGGGAGGGGUGCUGUGACCCCAAGGACUGUUUCUGGUACUUGCUCUCCCCAAAGUGCCCCUGGGCUAGGCCAGAGCUUAGAGCUGCACUGUGUAGUACAGUAGCAACGAGCCAAUGUGGCAUUUGAAUUUAAGUUAAUUUAAAUUAAAAUUUCACUCCCCCCACUGUGCCAGCCACAUUUCAGGUGCUUAGUAACCGGAAGUGGUUAAGUGGCUACUGUACUGGGCAGACAUUUCCAUCAGCGCAGAAAGUUCUCUCGGGCAGCACUGGCCUCGAUCCCGGCUGUGCUACCAUGGUGGUGUGGUAGAUGGGAUGUACUGGUUGUGAAAUAAAAAAUGACUGUUUCCUUGGUU